CGACCGGAGUUCACGCACCAAUGAAAAAAAAAAUAAAAACGUCAACGCGUCCCUACUGCAAGCGCGGGAAUACUGGACGAAACAAUAACCAAAACCAGAGCCAGUGUGUGGCCGCACCGCGCGUCGAUCGUACGUUUCUUGUCGUCAAAAACCCCGCAAAAACUUAUGUGUAUUGAAUUAUAAAGUUUGGUGUCGUGUGUUUUUCAACAAAAAUACAACCGAAUCUACAAAGGCGAAGUGGAUUUCUAAUAAACUGGUGCAAAGAAUGAGAUAGAAAAAGAAAAAUUAUAUCUUGAAAUAGUUUUAAAAUAAGUUCAAAAAUGUCUUCCGCGGCCGAAAAUGGCGUUGUCGCAGACGACACAAGAGGCACAACAUACUACUUCAACAAGGGCCGCUCCAGCGCAACAAUAUGGCAGAGACUGAGUUUAUUCUUCUCAAUCUACUGGAAAUCUAUUAUAGUGGUGCUCACACCUUUAGUGCUGCUACCCAUACCCGUGGUCAACCGGUUUGCAGACAAUGCUAGUGCUUACAGAUGUUUAUAUGUGGUAUUAAUAAUGGCUACCUACUGGGUAUUAGAACUUCUACCUCUACCUGUGACAUCCAUGCUGCCUAUAGUCCUAUUUCCUACCCUGGGUAUUCUGGACUCAGACAGAACCUGUGCAGCAUACAUGAAGGAGACCAACAUGAUGUUCAUGGGUGGUCUGAUGAUAGCUGCCGGAGUGCAGCAUUCCAAGCUGCCUAAAAGGGUUGCUUUAUGGACGGUGCAAGUUGUCGGAUGCUCACAUAGACGGUUGAACCUGGGUCUAACAUUAGUGACAAUGUUCAUCUCCAUGUGGGUCUCCAACGCUGCUGCCACGACUAUGAUGGUGCCCAUUGUUGACGCCAUACUUGAAGUCUUUGAACAGCAAGGGCUGGGUGACGUGUAUGUGAACAAAAAACGUGCUUUACCUGAAAAUGGCAAAGAAAUCAAAGCGCACGACAAAAAUACGGAAGAUGAGUCGCCGGUGCCGAGCGACAUCACCAUCUGCUACUACCUGAGCAUAGCGUACGCGUCCACGCUGGGCGGCUGCGGCACGCUGGUGGGCACCGCCACCAACUCCGCCUUCAAGGGCAUCUUCGACUCGGAAUUCCCCGAGGUGUCUGGUUCGGUAGACUUCUUCUGGUUCAUGGCGUACAGUACGCCUCCCAUGCUGGUCAUGCAGAUACUGGUGUGGGUGUCUCUCCAGGUCACUUAUAUGGGGCUUUUCAGGCCUAACAGCGAAGCAGCAAAACGGGUGAAUAGAGCCUCCACAGGUUCCAGCAACACUAUGAAAAUCAUUAAAGAGCAAUACAAGGGACUUGGACCUGCCACUUUCCAUGAAAAGGCUUCCGGGCUGCUGUUCAUCUUGGCGGUGUUCCUGUACAUCUUCAGGAAGCCUGGCUUCAUGCUCGGCUGGGCUGACGUCAUCACCACUAUGAAAGUGAAGGACGGCGUAGUGUCCAUAGUCAUCGUGGUGCUGAUGUUUAUUCUGCCGAUGAGCAUGGACUUCAUCAAGUUCUUCACGUCCGCCGCCUCCUAUGAAGAACUAUCAGCCUCCAAGCCGUCUCCUAGCAUCGUCACGUGGAAUAUUUUGAAGGAGAAAAUCCCAUGGGGUCUGCUGUUCCUUUUGGGUGGCGGGUUCGCGCUGGCGGAGGGCAGCAAGGAGACGAAGCUGUCGUCGAUGAUCGGCUCGUCGCUGAACGGGCUCAACGGGCUGCACCCCGCGCUGGUGUUGCUGGUGGUGGUGCUGGUCACGCAGUUCAUCACGGAGUUCACCUCCAACGUGGCCAUCGCCAACCUCAUCCUGCCCGUGCUGGCUAACAUGGCCCGCGCGCUGCACAUGGACCCGCGCUACCUGAUGAUCCCGGCCACGCUGGCCUGCUCCAUGGCCUUCCACAUGCCAGUGGGCACGCCGCCCAACGCCAUCGUGGCCGGCGUCGCGCACAUACCCACCUCCAAGAUGGCUAUCGGAGGCAUCGGUCCAAAGAUCAUCACCACCCUGAUCGUAUGGGGCGCCUACCCCACGUGGGGCUCCCUCAUCUUCAAGGAAGGGGACAUUGCUGCUCUGCACGGCAGUAGUGCUGCCACGCAAAACGACAAAAUGCUGCUCAACUGUAACGCGUCCGCCAACAGCCUCGACUCCAACACAACGUUCAGCUGCUCAACGCCGGCGUCCAAGAUCGCCAACCAGACCGUGGCUUUGCAGGUCAGCAAGGGAUCGUUCACAUGUAAAUAUUUACCUUUCAUUAAGAGUUAGGUGAAUUUUGUGUUAAUUAAGUAAAUUGGUCCGUAAAUUAAGUAUUAAAAAUUACGGAUCAAGUAUCAAAAUAAUUUUAUUUACGGCUCUUAAGUAUAAAAUAGCCAUCGAUAUAAAUAUUGCUAGACGGCUUGGUCAUAAUAUCUGGUGAUGCCUGCUUUGAAGGCUCAUGACAAACCUUUAUAUGAGAAGUAAUUUUACAAGUUAGUAUAUAAUAAUAAUGUAAUUUAUGCAUACCCUAGUUGCAAAUUUUGUGCAUACCACUGGGUGGGACAGUCCAGGCUAACUUUAUAAAUAAAAAUAUUUUUAGAUUGUUACCUCUAUCAGUGGCAAUUUUAUACCUAAUGUAUUUAAAAUUAUAUAUUGCUGAUAUAAGAUGAGGGAAAUGAUUGAAUUCGUUGCUCAGUGGGUCCAAUACAAAAUGUUGCCAAUGUACAAGUAUUUAUUGUAAUACCAAUGUGUUUAUAACUUUUUUUUGUUUUGGUAAGAGUCUAAUAAUUAUCUUUAAACUCCAUUCCUGUGAAAUUCCGUUUCUUUUUUUUUAAUUUACCAUCUUCGUACUAUUGUCUUACAAAUGAAUGAGCACAUUUGUAGUUUAUUUGUUUUAAUGUUACCAAAACAAAAAAAAAUAUCUCUUAGCACUCACAGAGCAUUUGCUGUGUUCAAAGGAAUCUUAAAAUGUAAAAGCAUUUACAUAAUAUUUUUGUAGUACCUUUUAUAGUAUAGCGACUCACUAGAUGGAAGUCAAAUCUUGUCAUGUACUAUGAUUCCAUCGAAGCUAAAGUACGCCAGAAAGAUACGAGAUCUGGCAAAUGUGACGUCAUAAAUUGGUUACGAUUGUGACGUCAUAAAAGUUUUGAUGAUGAAUUUUAUUACGAGGGUAGGUUAUUAUAGAUGCAGACUAAGAAAGGUAGAUGAAACCUAAUUAUCAAAGCGAAAAACUUUCUAGUGAAUGAGCUGUUACACUUUGUUUAAAUAGAUGAAAACGAGAGUAGCUCGCAUUCGAGAUGCUCUCGUUGUGUUAUUUAUCCUUUAGCUGGAGAAAGCCUCACCUAAAACUCAGUCAGGUCUUUUUUUCACGUUCAAGCAAUAAAAAGAAGAUGACCACGUGAAGCAUUCAACCUAAAAUGAUUAAUUUUUUCAUUGCCGCCAUCCAAUAUUGUCAUCUUUUAAUAUCGUUGAAAAAAAAGUAUAAAGUUAGUGAGGUCUUCCGCAAUAUCAGUCUAGGAUGAAUCAAGAAGGGCUGUGUUUAAGCUUCGUCUAUCCUUUUCACACAAGUCUGUGCAUAUUACCUACGUUACCAAAAGAUAUACUUUAUACAUACAAAGUGAUCUUAUGAUGCGGGUGCGGACUUAGAUAUAUAUAAUAUAAAUGUAUAAGGGCGUGUCCACACUUCACGUAAAGUCAGUCGUUAACUGAACCGUCUUAAGACCAUUAAUGGCCCUUUCUGUACAUAUAAUUAAAUGAUUAAUUAAAAACAAUUUAAAAAUUAAGGUUUGUAACUGUGUUAAACUCUAUUUAUUUAUUUUUAAUAGGUAUAGCUUAAUAUUUUAUAGAACUGGGACUUAAAUCCAGAACCUCAUGAUCCAAAGUUACAAAAAACUAAUCAUUGGACCAACAAGACAGUUUUGACAGCCUACGUUGCGCAGUGGAUUUACAAGACGAUGGUCCUGAGUUCGAUCCCCGGUUGGGUGGAUUGAAGUUCUGUUUCCAAUUGGUCCAGGUCUGGCUGGUGGGAGGCUUCGGCCGUAAAUAAGUCACCCUUCCGGCAAAGAUGUACCGCCUAUCAAUUUAGCAUUUCUAAAUGAUUCUUUCCAUGAUGUGUAAAAACUGAAUGGGGUUUGGAUUUCAUCCUAUUCUUAACAAGUUAGCCCGCUUCCAUCUUAGAUUGCAUCAUCACUUACCAUCAGGUGAGAUUGUAGUCAAGAGCUAACUUGUAAAGAAUAAAAAAUGUUGUUAUGUGUAAUUUCAAAAGCAGACUUAUGUUUGUUUUAUACAGCGUUGAUAUCUUUAGUAGUACAUAAUGGAAACAUUAUGGUUCGUAUGUACGUAAAACUGACCUUAUAUAAGUACAUUACGACAGCUGACUUUACUUCAAGUGUGUGAAGUGAAAUGUUUAAUAUAUAAAUAUAUUUACUUGGCUUCUUUUCAUAUUUACACACUGCCUGUGUUAGUGACCGUUGUGAGGUCACGCUGGAAAGUGUCUGAAAUUGACAUAUGUCCAUUCAUAGACAAUACUAUUAGAAUAUAUAAUCCUACUCUCUGGUCUGUUAUAUUUUUUAUUUGAACUAAAAAUUGUCUUCAUUUUCUUUCAAAAUAGUUGUCAUUUUAACAAAAAAAAAGUAGCAGAGCGUGGUAAUGAUAAUCUGUUAUAAUUUGUAAAAAAAGUAGCAGAGCGUGGUAAUGAUAGUCUGUUAUAAUUUUUUGUGUUAUUUUUGAAGUCUGUUUGUCUCUGGGUUAGUGGUAAAGUGUACAGACAUGCAUUUGAUAGUAGAUAGUUGACCAAAGUUUUUGUAGUCACCGUGUUGGUGUAUAGAACUGAAGAACAGUUCUUUAACGAAACAAACCGUUUUAACGCACAAACGCUCUUAUUCUAACUACCAUACACUACAUCCUAUGCAAAACGGACUUUCAAUUGUCAGUUCCAGGAUGAAAAGACCAAAGACAAUUUAAAUGAGAAAAAAACAGACCAAAGAGUUAGUAAACAGACAUGCGCAGUGCGUCAAUGUGAUGAAGGGCCAAUCGAAGAUAAAUUAGAUAUAAAUUUUUGGCCAUGCUUAUUUUGGUUGUCUUUAGACCGGCAUGCUUAAACUACAUUACAUGUAUCUCUUUGAGUUGAUGUGUAAUUAAGAAAAUAUCUAUCAACAAAAUGUGAACAACCUAAUAUCUCGUAUUAAUAAAAUGUUAUAAAAUACUUUUGGAGUACCUUUACUGUAGUUAUGGUAAUUAAAAUUUCAAAAAUGGCGUAGCUUUUGUGAGUAGAGGUGUAUAAUUGUCUUUAUUAAUAACUUUUUCAUGGGAGCUCGCACUCACUCAAUAAUAUUGUAAGUAAUAUAAUUGAAUGUGUGCGAGCGCCUUUAUAAAUCUCGAAUGUUUGUAAACAAAGCUUUGUACUAACUCUUAAUGUAAUACUAACUUUAUUAUUAAAUAGUUAUUUAGAAUGAGUAGAUAUGUCUAUAAAGUAUAUCAUUCCUAUAUUACUUAAUAUAUUUUUCAAUUGAAUAUACAUAAUUCACCAGUGCCAAAGAUAUGACAGUUUGAAUGGAUCAAAUGCAUAAUACAUUACAGUCUAAACAAUCGUAAACAAUAAAUGUUAUUAAUAUUUAGCCGUGUCUAUAUAUUGUGAUGUCUCUGGUCCUGCUCAUUAAAAAAACUAAAGUUUACCAAAAUAAAUGUCGCCAUAGCGUAACUUAUUUUAUAAUAAUGUAUUUUAUAUUAUUGUAUCCGUUUGUGGAUGUUCCUAGAUGACGACAUGUUACAGUUCGUUUCAUGUAGGAUGGUGCGGGUGACAUUUCGUUGCACUCUUGAGUUUGCCGCGAUUCACGAUAGUACGUAUUAUGAACGUCAUACAGGCGACUGUCACCGUACCCAUGCUAUCUGUAAAACAUUUUUGAAAACACAUACUUACUUAUUAGUUUGAAAAUACAAAUCUCGACGAUUGAAAUUGUCAGGUUUUGUAUCAAAAAAUAUUUAUUAUUUAUAUUAAUUUAUAAUUUCCAUACAAAAAGUUUUAAAUGGAAAUCAUUUGUUGCAUUAAUUAAUAUAUCUAGAUGACAUUUUUAGUUAGAAGUAUUUUUAACAUCAGCUUUUAUUAUAUUUAACGUGUUCAAUCAAAUAUUAGCAGAUCUGACUUUUUCUUUAUUUAAAUAUUUAUUAUAUCGUCACAGAUGUAUGUAAUUUGAGAAGUGACGCCAGAUAAUAGCAAAAGUUUAUACAUAUUUAAAUAUAUUUUAUACUAACAGUUGCUCUAUUUUAAAAAUAUGUAUUGACAGUUUUAUUUUUAAUUUAUGAUAUUUGAUUAUUCUUUUCAAGAAUAUUAAAACAUGGAUGCUAAAAAUUAUAAGAUUUUUCGAAAAUGCAACUGAUGGAUUUAGAGUAGGUAGCAGUAUCUUUUUCGUUAUGUUCUGAGUAGAAAAACUAGAUCUGAAUUACAAAUUUUUAUACAAACAUCAUGAUAUUUUUAAUAUGUACUUAACAUAUUACUUCGCACUUAAUUCCUGUGAUAUGUUAUUGGAAGAAAAUAUAUAUGUAAUUAUUAUCAUGUCUUUUGAAUAAUACUUAAAUAAUUAAUUUCUGGAAUUAUAAAAUCAAGUGUAUUCACAUUUUACAUUACUAGUACUUUUUGAAAUACUUUUUUAGUUAUUUAUAACAUUUAUUCCCAUUUAAAUAACUGACUGAUUUUUCUAAAAAAAUACUUAUUGCAUUUUUAUCUAUGAAUAUGAUAUGUAGAUCUUUUGAUGUGCUUGAAACUGGUGCUGAUUAUGUCGUUCUAAAUAAUAACUAAAUUGAUAAUAAUAAUUGACCUGUCAAUUUAGUGUAGAGAUAAGCGCAAGAUACUCGUAUUAUCUUGUUCUAUAUAAAAUUUACAAGAAUUGAUCUGUCAAUUUAGUAUAGAGAUAAGCGCGAGAUAUAUAUUCUGAUGCUGGCAACAAAAAAGUGUAGAAACGGAACUAACUUUUUUCUCUCUUACAACACUGUUCAACUUGUCAGUUGUUAGUGUCUAUGCUGUCAAAAGUGAUUAUUCUGUCGGCUUUGAAAGAUAUUGUUAAGGUUACGUUUACGUUUUUCGUAUUCGUGUUGCCAUAUUGGCGAUAGUGGCGCCUCUAUUUAAUUUCUACUCUUUUUUUGCCAGGUUAAUUAAAUUAACAUGAGUUGAUCUGUCAAUUUAGUGUAGAGUUGUGCGCAGCAUAAAUAGCACCAGUUUGUUAUUUUGUUCAAUCAAAUAUUCCAUUUUAUUAAUAAGGUUUAUACAUGAAUGUCAAAUUAUGGUUUAAUAUGGCGAAUAUGGCAACAUAUUCGUUCUCUUGUUCGUAUAAAUGGUUUUUUUUUUAAACUGUAUGUCGUCAUUUCUGUAAAUAUGAUGCUCAUUUGUAAAUAGCGGUGCGAAGGAAUAUUGUAUUGUUAGUUGUUAUAAUGAAAUAAAAAGUUGUGGAAAUGAUAA